AUGUUUUUCUUGAAAGAUUUAUCAUUAAAUUUAACUUUACAUCCGUCAUAUUUUGGUCCACAAAUGGAUCAAUACUUAAGAGACAAAUUAUUAAGUGACGUGGAAGGGACAUGUACAGGUCAGUUUGGGUAUAUAGUGUGUGUUUUAGAUUGUAUGAACAUUGACGUUGGGAAAGGAAGAGUCAUACCAGGUUCAGGGGUAGCGGAGUUUGAAGUGAAAUAUAGGGCGGUGGUUUGGAAACCAUUCAAAGGUGAGGUUGUGGAUGCGGUCGUUACGACUGUGAAUAAGAUGGGGUUUUUCGCUGAUGUCGGACCAUUAUCAGUAUUUGUAAGUACUCACUUAAUUCCAUCAGACAUGAAAUUCAAUCCUUCUGCUAAUCCUCCAGCAUACGUUAGCCCGGACGAAAAUAUUGAAAAGGGAUCGAGAGUGAGAUUGAAGAUUGUUGGUACCAGAACCGAUGUGAAUGAAAUUUACGCUAUCGGUAGUAUUAAAGAAGAUUAUUUGGGUCCAAGUCCUAUGUGA